AUGCGCGCGAUGCGCGCCGCGUGGCUGCUAUUGCUCGCAACCACCCGCGCCGCCGUGGUCCAGGAGCUCAAGUUCGUCGCCGACGCGAAGCAGCUGGAGGCCGCCGCGGGCGGCGUCGUCGUCGUGGGCCUCUUCGGCGCCGGCGACGGUGCGGAGAAGCGGGGCUUCAUGCACGCGGCGAAGAGCGCCGAGUUCCAGGACGAGGGCUGGGCCGUCGCCUGGUCCGGCGAACCCAAGAUCGUCGACUACUUCGGGUUUUCGACGCCGUCCAUGGUCGUCUACCGCGUCUUCGACGUCGACGGCACGCGGUGCGCGCCGACGCCCGAGCCCUACAACGCGACGAUGGGCGGCGGCUGGACCUACCGCGGCCUCAAGUCCUUCAUCUUCGCCGUGUCCUUCCCGCCCGUGUCGCUCUUCCCCGUGCCGCCGCCGCCCAAGGCGCUCGCGGAGCCCCUCGACGACGCCAAAGUCGACGAGGACGCCUACGACGACCUCGAGGAGCGGCGCGUCGCGGAGCUCGAGGCGUUCCUGGUGCUGCGCAGGGCGGAGAACCAGCGCCUCACGGCGGCGCUGAAGCAGACCACGGUGCCGAAGCUCGUGGUCUACGUGCACGACGAGCGCUACUUCGACGUCCACGAGGACGAGCGCGCGGCGCUCCUCUCGUUCGCCAAGCACUCCCUGGGCCGCGUCGUCGUCGUGAAGAUGACGCUCGACGACAACCCGCUGGCCGAGCCCAUCGCGGCCAUGGGCGGCUUCACCAUGGACGAGAUCCGCGAGGGCGCGGGCGGCCUCCGGCCGACGGGCAUCUUCCUGGGCUCCGAGGGCACGAUGCCCUUCGACGGCCUCUACGUCGAGGAGGCGCUCCACUGGGCGCUCAACGACUUCUUCGAGCAGGGCGCGGGCGGGUCCGACGCCAAGUGGGAGCCCAAGCCCAAGAAGAAGAAGCGCAAGAAGAAGCGCGCCGCGGAGCUGCGGUGA